AUGACAGACAAUUUAGAACCGGUAUUGUUUGAAAUCAACGCUGAUCCUACAAUGGCCACUACAAAGCCAUUCGCUGAUAUCAGUCCAUUCAGCCAAUAUCCGAGAGAAGCAGAAAUACUUUUUAUGCUUGGUUCUAUUUUUCGUGUGAAAAGCAUCCAUCGCAGUGGCGAUAGUCAAGUAUGGAUUAUCCGAAUGGUUUUAUGUAGUGAUAAUGAACAUGAAUUAAAACAUGUUCUCAUGGAUAUGAAACGGCAAUUUGGAAGUGGAAAAACAGAUCUUCGAACAUUAGGAAGACUACUAUCGGAGAUGAAUAAACCAGAUUUAGCUGAAAAAUAUUUUAUACGCUUAUUAGAGCAACUUCCACCCAAUGAUCCUUUACUUGAUGAUUUGUAUCAGGAUCUUGCUAAAUUCGCAUCACAAGCCGGUAACCUUGACAAGAGUAUGGAAUGGCGUAAAAAAGCUAUUGCGCUGCAACAACAAAAUGAGUUAGCAGGUAAGCAAUUCUAUUAUUAACGUCAUCAAAAGCAACUCUA